GAACUAUGAAAAUAUCGUCGAAUAUCUGAAAGGGAAACAAGGUACAAGACAAUUGAGAAAGUAAAAGUAAACAGAAUCAAAGUUAACGAAGAAUAAUAAAGAAAAUCGAUUAAAUGAAUCUUUAAGAAGCUCCACAAGUGGAGACGAACAAUGUCCUUUUGCAGGAUAACAGGUAGAAGCAGGGGCCUCCCUAAGCCAAAUUACUUCCCUCUUUUACCACCGAUCAGUCCAGCUGAUGCAAAACGUUUCUGUCGGAUCACUGGCAAAUCCUACGGUUUGCCUACUCAUCAUUACAUUCCAGUUUUAUUGGGUGUCCACGCCCACGACAAAUCGAAAUGCAAGAUAACAAACGCUUCCGGUCUAGGACCGCACCAUUACACAGCUGGCUUCGUCCUGGGCGAGAAGAAGAAACACGUGAUCCUCAAGGACUAUCGCUACGUGUUCCCUAUCUUGGAGGGAGAAGGAGAACAACAGAGAGUUCUAAGAGACUUGUUAAACACGAAACAUCCCCCUGUCGAAGAGGAACAGGCAAAGUUCGUAUACACGGUGGGAGAAAGAAGAUGCAGCCUGGUAUUUCCAUCCAGACUGGAGGCUGCGGUCAGAGAUGGCGAUGUAAAGGACGUGAUGUUAUCCAGAGACUGCGACACAGUUUUGUUCAGACUGAAACAAGGGAAGAAUGUUUCGGUGGAUUUCAAGAAUUUAGAGGAUUUUGAGAAUCUUUACGAUGGGCUUGGACCGAGCCAGGAAGUGGUAAAGGAAAGAGAGAGACUGGAGGCCGAGGCUAAGAAACGAAAGAGAAAACGACAAGCUGGUUUAAGUUAUGCCAAAAAAAUUUUCGAAGAGAAGGAAAGGGCCGCUGAAGAGGAAGAACUAAGGCAGACGAAGCAACUGAAGCUUCGUAGCUUCAAGGAGGAAACGAAGGAAGAAACAUGGAAAAACGUGAACUUGGAGCAGGCUAGAAGCAGAGCAUGUAAUUUUAUCUCGGUAACGAGCCCUCUGAAGGGUGCAGAGAAGUCUCUACCAGAAACUUUGGAUUGGAACUCGUUCCAGGAUACUAAUGAAGCAUCCAUGCAACCAAUCGUGGACAAAUUGCCCACUCCUAUAAAAGUAAAGCCACAAAUCGUUGAACAAAGUGCUACGUCUUCGUGCACUAGCCCUAUCUCAGAGAGCACAGGAGGAUUCGAGGCGAUAUCAAUCGUGAAGCCAUUGACGUCGCUGAAAAUAGAACCCGACGCGGCUCUGCAGUCGGCCAUACGGAAUAUUCCAACCAGUGACUUGAAAGAGGUGUCUAACGUAAACGUGAAGCUUCUACAGGCUGGUGACGAGGCGAUAGAGCAGCUACCGAGAGUAGAAGAAAUCCCGGAAUUGGUGCAAAACCUGGGCAAGGGAAAGGAGACGACUCAGCACAACGUGAAAGGUCUGAAAUUAGACAUCAAAUCCGCGCAAAGAUUUAUCACCGGGCAGACAGUGCAGACGCCGAACGGACCUAUUUUUGUACCUGGCCAGACGCUGCAAACACCUCAGGGUCCUGCGUUCGUUCCUGGUCUAACCGUGAACACUCCUGACGGCCCUCUUCUCGUCCCUGGACAGAUCCUCAACUUGAAAGAGCAAGAUAACAAAGAAACGCCCGUAUUUAUAGCUGGACAGACACUGGCCACGGAACAGGGUCAUCGAUUCCUUCAGGGUCAAACCUUCCACACCAACGAAGGAGCCAGAUUCGUUCAGGGUCAGACUGUUCUAACAGACGAUGGUCCAAAAUUUGUCGCUGGUCAAGUGUCGAAAGAUGGGACCUUCGUUCCUGGUCAAACCAUUCUUACUCCUGAUGGACCUCGAUUUAUGCCUGGUCAAACAAUCACUGACAAUCAUGGAGAACAGAUAUUUGUCCCGGGACAGAGCGUACAGAUCGAUGAGUCGUGGGAAUUCAUUCCUGGACAGUCUAUCGAAACUCUGACUGGAGAAACGAAGUUCGUUCCAGGUCAGACGAUCCCAACCUGUCAAGGACCACAAUUUGUACCGGGACAAUACGUGACUUCUAAUUCUGGAGAAAGUUACUUCAUGCCUGGUAUAGUCAAAGAUACUAAAGUAGGUUCGACUUUCGUUCCCGGUAUGACUUUGGAUACUCCGAAAGGACAGAAAUUCGUGGAAGGUCAAGUAGUGAGGACACCAGUAGGUGAAAAGUUUCUACCAGGAAAAACUAGGAUAACAGAUAACGGAAUCGAGUUUGCUGCAGCUAGUACGUUUGACGAGGUUGUGUUCUACGAUGCUGGGCCUGUUGGCAUGCCUGUUGAUCCGAAAACUACCAACGUUUCUAUCCAACAGAGCGAAAUCUUUGGUCACAUGGUGCAAACCGACAGAGGAGUAGAAUUCUAUCCAGAGAGCGAAAGAAAUUUACCCGAAGGGAAAAGAAUAGUUCCUGGUCAGUUAGUGAAGGGGGGGAAAGACGGACCUCGGUUUGUGCCUGGUGUGAUGACGGAAGAUGGUUUCUUACCCGGUCAGAUAGUAAUGACAGAAAAAGGUGAGCAAUUCGUUCCAGGUCAAGUAAUCGACACCAGUACCGGUCCUAAGUUUGUUCCUGGUCAAAUGGUGGAGACUAGAACGGGUGCGAAAUUCGUUCCUGGCCAGACCGUGGAGACUGGGGAUGGGCCACGUUUCGUACCAGGUCAAAUCGUCGAAACUAAAGCUGGCCCCACUUUUAUUCCCGGUCAGGUGAUUUCCACGGACGAUGAAGGUUCUAGAUUCGUACCUGGACAAGUGGUGGAUACGCCCGAGGGACCAAGAUUCGUUCCAGGUCGCGUAGUAGAGUCUGGAGAACUGGGUGUGACGUUUGUACCAGGUCAGAUAGUUCAAACUGAAGAAGGUCCUCGUUUCGUAGCUCCAGAUUUGACUGACACGCCUGAGGGUGAGGUAGAAUUCUCUGUUCAAGGAUUCGAGGUCACUCCUGAAGAACUAAGAUUACUCAGGCCUCAGAAUUUGCAUUACAAUGCUCAUGUUCAGCAUCAGGGAGAAACUAGCAUAGAUGCAAGGAUGCUUCGACAAUUAUCAGAAGCUGGUUUGUCCGUGGGAAGAAAAGUAGCCACAGAUUUGCCAGCUGUGGAUGUUGAUGUAGAUCCAAAGGCGGUAGCUUUGGAACAAGCUCUCGUAAUGGCGGAGAAGCUAGGUUUACAUGGUACCACCGCAGUGAAAAUGGCACAGAUAGUGUCCACUGUGGCUCAACUAGCUAAAAAUAUUGCGAUUCAACAGGAACAACAACUGGAGGAGAAUCACAUCGAAUCGAAGUUGAUGAAUGGUACGAAGCCCCCCGUUAUAAAUGGUAAUAGGAAUGAUAAUGGAAACGAAGAAAGACGAGAAAACGACGAAGGUGGCUACUGGUUGAAAGACGCGGUGAAAAUAGCAAUGACAAGCGCUGUCCUGGCGAUCACCAGUCAGUCUAUGGAAAAUGGUAACGAUUCUAAACAAGAUUUCGUUUAUUCUUCCAUCAGCGAAGCUUUCAAUGUCCUUUUACGUCAAAGGAAUAUUAGUAUCGAGGAAUCUGUGGAAGAGAUCCUGCAGAUACUUCUAGUUCCCCAAAAUCGAAGUAACUUGUGUCAGUCUGCUCUGUUAGAGUUAUUAGAAAGUAAAAACAAUAAAGUGGACAUUUUGAAAUCCACUGUAGGCAGCCAGUCUCUGAAAGAAGACGUGGUACUGGACAGGUUAUCUAUGGUUCUCGAGGAAGAACACGGUACAGAUCUAGUCGGCCCGGCGUUCAGAACAGUUUCUAAAAACGACCCGGAAUUAGUCUCUCGGGUACUUCGAAAAGUAUCUGAAGAAGUUUCCGCAAUUGUCACGGAGAAAGAAGCGGCUGAAACUGUUCACAAGGCCAUCGUUCAAGCAGUCAGAGAAUCUAGUGAAAUUCACGUUCAAGAAUUAUUGAACGACGAGGGAGAAAACGUUCGAGAGAUGCUUCUGCAGGCUGUAGGAUUGGCCAGAGCUCUAGGUAUGUCUAAUAUCGCCAGUAGCUUAUUGGCAGUGAUCAGCGACGAAAAAUCAACGCGAGCCCUAGCCAGUGACAGAGUGACGCUGGAUGUUUUAAAACGACUGACAGUGAUGAGGAAAUUAGCUGAAGAGAGGCCACCGUUUAUGAACGCUUUAACACAGUUGUGUAGCGAUCCAGAAUUGGCCAGAACUGACCCACGAUUGAGAACUCUUGUCAGAGAGAGCGCAGCUUUGAUGAUCGUACCCGAAGAAGGUCCUCUGCAAUCGUCAGCCGACGUACCUUCGGUUCUGCUUCAGUCUGACAAUAGUUUAGCCAUGGAAGAAUUCCUUUUAAGAAGAAACCAUAAGCCAUCGUCGAUUUUUAUGAUUUUAAAACAAGGCAUACAAGCUGUGGUACCCAGAGAAGCUUCUAGAUCUGUUUUAACUGGAGAAGUGGCUUACACGGUUCUCGACGAGGAUGGAAUUCAUUAUUUUGAACCACUCCACGUUUUUUCCGCGCUCCAACUCACUCGUCCAACCGCGCAUCGAUUUUCCAUGUACUGUUGUCCCGUUGCGAAGGAAGAGGAUAUGGAUGUUGAAAUGUUGUCCACGUACGGGACCAUCUCGAUGGCUAGUAGCCUCGAUGGAUCCGGUACUGGAACUUAUCAGAGACAGGAGUGUAAUGGCAUUGUACUGUCGAGGUCUGAUAAGUCAUUUGGAUAUUCUGGGAGCAGAGAAAAUACGCCGAGUCUGAGGAGAUUAAGCAACUUUCAGGACAAUUGCUUUGAGCGGAAAUCAUCGGACAACUACAUCGUGGUGAAGGACUACAAGAGCGAGACCGAUGGAUUCUCCGUGAACGUCGGCGACAUCGUCGAGGCGCUCGAGUACGCCGACCCGGCCAAAAAGAUCAAGUUGGAUCCUGAUCUGGAAAUCGGUGGCGAGAUCGGCGAAAUGUUGGACAAUUCCGCUGCCUGGCACAAAUUGUCGGUUCGACCCCGUCGAAAGUACGCAGAUCCCCGUGCUAGAAGCAUCCCGAGGUUCUCCUCGGACAACAGCCUCCAGAGAGUGUAUGUUCGUACAGCAGACUCAAGGGAAGGAUGGCUGCCCAUGUCCAUCUUGAUGCAAACGGCCCUCAGCGAGGACUCAGCACUUGGACAUCGGCCGGAAGACUCUCAAUAUCGACGAGAAGCUGUAGUGAAAGAACUGGUGGAAACCGAGGAAGAAUUUGGCAGAGAUCUUCAACAGGUCGUUGAACGUUACUUGAAACCCCUCGAUAAUCCGGAUGUUCCACGGAUCGUACGCGACAACAAAGAUAUCAUCUUCACAAAUCUGAAGCAGAUUGCCGACUUCCACAAUACAUCGUUCGGCAGGGUGUUGAUCGAGGGUGUUAAGUAUUAUGCGGAUCAGCCACGUAUGCUGGGGAAGACUUUUCUACGAUUGGAAAGGGAUUUCGACAAACAUGUGGCUUACUGCAGAGACGAACCGGCGGCCCAGGAGUUCCUUCAGAUGAACGACGCGGUACGAGAUUACUUUGAGGAGCUGAGCCAGACUCUCCGUGACGACAAAAGCCUAUCGGAACACUUGAAACUUCCGAUACAACGCAUAAACGACUACCAGCUCCUGCUCAAGGAGCUGGUGAAGUAUUCGACCCGACUAGGCGAAAACUGCGACGACCUCCAAAAGGCUUUGGAGUUGAUGCUAGGUAUCCCUCAUAGGGCGACAGACAAUAAGUUCAUAAGCAAUAUCGAAGGGUAUAAAGGAAAUAUUCACAAACUUGGCAGAUUACUCACACACGAGUGGUACACGGUGAUUGACAAGGACGGUAAGAGCAAGGAAAGGUAUCUAUUUCUCUUUAAGGCUCGCAUACUCGUCUGCAAAGUCAGACGAAUAUCGGAAGACAGAUCGGUCUUCGUCCUCAAAGACAUUAUUCGACUACCGGAAGUAGAGGUGAAGGACCAUCCAGGUGACAUACGGUCUUUCGAACUACACAAUCCAGCGAGCUCAGCCUACCCCAUUACGUUAGUAGCCCAUAAGGAUCUAGUGAAGGCCUACUGGCUGAAAGAAAUUCGACAGUACGCGAGUGACGUGGUGGCACUCGCUGAACACGCUGCAGAUGACUUACAACUGACAGAAGUGCCAGAAAUCAAGGAGGAAAUUAAAGCAAAUCCAGGCAGCCCUCAGAAGGCAACAGCAAACCCAGGACCAAAACCUUCAGAGGCUAAUCCAGGACCAAAACCUUCAGAGGCUAAUCCAGGACCAAAACCUUCAGAGGCUAACCCAGGACCAAAGAAGGCAGAAGCGAACCCGGGUCCAGAAAAAGCAAAUCCGGGACCAAAUCCCGGCGAAAAAAAGAAAGACAAUCCAGGAAAUCCGGAGAAAGCUAAAGUUGAGGAAGAAGGUGCAGACAUGUCUCGAAGAUAUUCUUCCAGUCGAUUCAGCAGCUCUUCGAAAGUUGUCGAAGAGUAUUCUUCAGUAUCCAGUAGCCAGAGUGCGGCAUACAUGGAAUCAUCCAUGAGCAGCGCAGUAAGGAUGGAGGCGAGCUCCUACCAAGCUGGUGGCAGUGCGGUAGAAACCAGGUCGGACACCAAGAAGAUCGAGAGUGGUAGUGGAAUAGGGAAACCUAUGUUUGUCAAGACUCUCGAGGGAUCCAACGUUGAACCGAUACCAGAAAAUAACGUGGAAUUGAUACGCGCCGUAGCUGGAGAAACGACUUCCUUCGAAUGCACUCUAUUGCACACCGAUGCAACAACAAGAGUGCAAUGGCUAAAGGACAACAAACCAUUAGAUGAUAGAUUAGCAGAUCGUCUAACAGCCUCUGCGACUGGGAAAACCUUCAAACUUCAACUUCAGAACGUUCUCGAGUCGGAUUCUGGCAUUUACAUCGCUAGAGCUAUGAACAGUGAAGGCCAGGCUACUUGCACCGCUCAACUUAUUGUACAAAAACUGACACCUGAAGAGAAGAAAGCAAGAGCAGAAGCUAACGCACCAAUCUUCUUGGUGCGAUUAAAGGACACGGAACUCUUGGAAAAUACUUAUCUGCGUUUCAUGGUGAAAGUGAAAGGAGAUCCUAAUCCUGAGAUGAAAUUCUUCAAAGAUGAUGUUUCAAUCGAUGUGAAUCAUCCGCGUGUAAAGAUCGUCACCGAACAGGCGGACAAAGGUUUCUACGAGUUAGUAAUCGCGGACGUCCAAAAGCAGGACGCUGGCAAAUAUUCAUGCACCGCGAAGAAUCGAUUUGGAGAAGCUUCCUGCGAGGCAACUGUAACUGUAUCGGAUGAUAAAAUGUUAUACCUUCCUGAAGACUUCCUCGAACCUGGCAUGGAACCCCAGUUCACCUGGUUACGCGAUGGAAAACCUUUCGACCCAGAAGAACGCUUCAAAGUACUGUUCAAGGACAACGAAGACACCUUGGCUUUAGUAUUCCAACAUGUCAAACCUGAGGAUGCUGGUCUUUACACUUGCGUCGCGCAAACUAGUACAGGUAACAUUAGCUGCAGCGCAGAACUAACGGUGCAAGGUGCGGUAAACCAGCUGUUGAAAGAUCCAGAAAAACCAAAACUGUGUUCAGAAGCCAGGCAUUCGGAAGUAAGUGCUGGCGGAUCUGCCAUGUUGGAACUACAAAUCAGAGGAUAUCCAAAACCAGACAUCAAAUGGAGCAAAGAUGGAGAGGAAAUCGUUACUGGUGGAAGAUACAAGUACCUUUGGGAGGAUGAAGAAUCUAUGUCCUUGGUAAUCAAGAACGUCACUGCCAAGGAUGCAGGCACCUACACCAUCAAAGCAAAGAACGAAUUAGGCGAAGAUACCACUCAGAUCGAGCUGAUCGUAAAGUCUGCGCCAAAAAUCACGAAAAAGCAAACUGACAUGUCUGUGAUCAUCGACGAAACGUUGACGAUGCUCGUGCAAAUCGAAGCCACGCCAGCACCAGAAGUUAAAUGGUACAAGGAUGGCCAAGAAUUACGGGAAGACGGUCGUAUAAGUAUCAUUAAAGAAGGCAACGAAACUUAUAAGUUAACAAUAAGAAACGCUCGUUUGGACGAUGCUGGGUCCUACUCGAUUGUUGCACGAAAUGAAGUCAAUCAGACGACAGAAAUUUGGAAGUUGAAAGUAUUAAGUCCACCGAAGAUCACGAAGGGAUUAGGCGAACCACAAAUUUUAGAUCAAAAAGGCACUCUUACCUUGUCCAUAGACGUGGACUCACUGAUGCCAGCUAAUAUUAAAUGGUACAGAGAUGGAGAACUGCUUGUUGAAGAUAGUCGUAUAAAAAUGAUUCAGCAGGGCAAGACAUUCAUUCUAAAGAUCACUGGUAUAGUAAGCGAGGACGCAGGAGAUUACAAGGCGGAAAUCUCCUCCGAUCAUGGAACUGUCACUGAUGAAACUGUAAUCCAGGUGAAUGGUCUUCCACGAUUCAAAACGAAAAUGUACGACGUCACAGUCAACGAGGGCACGAAGAACAUCGAGUUCAAGGUAGAAAUCGGUGGAUGCCCAAAACCGAGCGUCCAUUGGUAUAUCGGCGACAUGGAGAUCACGGAAAAGAAAAAAGACUAUGUUCGCACGGAGGAAGGCAAUUUCGUCAAGUUAAUCAUGUCCGAAGUUAAAGCUGAAAUGAAAGGAACGUACACCUGCAAAUUGAAGAACGAAUUUGGCGAAGUCAAAAGCAGUUCUACGUUAAUCGUAAACACCAGACCGAAAUUGUUGAAGAAGCUCGUCGACCAAAGAAUCAACGAAGGCGAUACAUUGAAACUGAUCUUUGAAGUAUCCGGUACGCCAGAUCCCGAGGUGAAAUGGUACAAAGAUGGCAAGGAGGUUUCAACGGACGCGAGAAUUAAAAUUACGAGGGACAGCAAGCGACAGGAAAACUACGAUCUGACGGUGACUUUAGUGAAAGGUUCAGACGCAGGCAUCUACGAGGUUCGAGCAGAAAACGAGCUAGGCUACGUGACUAGCAAGAGCAAAGUUAUGAUAUUGACGAAAACGGAAGAAAGCGUGGAGGAAAAAACGGAAAUGAAGAAGGAGACCGUCGAAAAGAUCAGCGUCGAGGAAGAGGAAACGAAAGCACAGAAAGUCGAGGAGGAGGAGAUUGAGACGAAGGAGGAACGCGCGGAGGAAUCCGGAUCGGAAGGUCGAGUGAAACUGGAGAAACAAAGCGUCCAAGUAAUACGGGGCCAGGGUGAAACGAUCACGAUCUCCGUGGCCUCCACGACGACCCACGAAGCUAUACUCACAGGUCCCGACGAGAGCCACACGAUCAGCAAGAUGACCGCGACAAAGGUCGAGUGCCAGGAAACGAACACGGACGGUCCUGGCGUCGAAGAGAUUGCCACCUAUAGCUACAGCGUGCAAGAAGAAUCCGUCCAGAAACCACAAAACGGCGUGUUAAUCGAGGAAUUCUCGGAGACCAGCGAGGAUAACAGGUCGAGGCUUCAGGUGAACCGUGGUGUGUCGAUCGUUUCUGUUUCGGACGACGAGUCGACUCUGAAGGCGAUUUCAAGAGACGUCAGCACCGAGGACGUGAUGCAGUGCGCUGAAUUAUCCGAAGACGUGAAGUUGACGAAUGGAUCCUACGAAGAGUUCAAUGGUAACGGCCGUCUGCCUGACGAAAAGCUCCUAGACGACGCGAAACCUUACAGAGCUUCGUUAAUCACGGAAACCAUCAUGGAGGAACGGUCUCUGGAAGAGUUGCCAUCGGAGAAAGUGACACAGGAAAGCGUAAAGCUACCCCGAUCCGCUGUCCUUGAGAACGGUGAUUCUUUCAGGAAGAUGUCCUCCGUGGAUCUAGAGCAACCACAGACUCCUACGAUCGAGGAAAGCAAGUUGACGAAGCAAAAGAUCGAACGAGUGAAUUCGACCGCGGAAAAAGUUGUCGAGACGAACGUGGAAGAGCGUCGAGGAUCUGUACAAAAUGGACUUUCGAGACAGAGCUCGAAAAUAGAGAGAAUGGACUCGACGGAAUCGAAGAAAAUAUUGGAAAGAUCGGUAUCAAGGGAGAGCGCGUUGAAGGCUGCUCAAAGCGGUGAUGAAGAGGUCGACGAAGAGCUCGAGGCUCUUCUAGAUCGCGUUAAACGGCAGCGCAGCGUUUUGGACGAUAUCCUUGAAAAAGAAUCCUCCAGAGACUCAGCGCCUCCUCACAUCAUCGAAGCGACCCUCAGCGAUAAAACGAUCUACGAAACCCAGACGGUCGUGUUCAGCAUCAGAGCGACGAGUUUACCAAGGGCCGAUGGAAAAUGGUUCAAGAAUGGGAAACCUCUUCGAAGCGGAGAACGCAUCAGAAUCACCAGCGCUGGAGAACUUUUUACUUUGGAACUUCAAAAGGCCAUUCUCGAAGACGAAGGAGUGUACACAUGCACGUUCGCGAACAAACUUGGCGAAGUUAUGGUCGAAGGAUAUUUGACUGUUGAAACUGUGGACGAACUUCGAAGACCCAAGUUUACUGAACCUUUGAAUGACGUGGAUGUGGCGAAAGGAAAGACCGGAGAGUUCAAGGCUACGUUCACUGCUGAUCCUGUUCCUGACACAACAUGGUACUUUAAGGGUGAAGAAAUCCCACAUGACGACAUGCGACUAAAGUUCACCACGCAGAGCAAGCUAGCAAAUGACAAUCUAACCAGUACUACAGUCACUUUGAGCGUGCCAAAAUGCUCGAAAGAAGACACUGGAGAAUACACGCUGAAACUGAAGAACAAAUACGGCGAAGCUGAAGCUAGCGCUUUCUUACAUCUCCUUCUUCAUCCUGAAAUUGAAGAAUUGAAAGACGUUGUCGCGUCCGUUGGAGAAUCAUUUACAUGGGAGGCCAUCGUUAAAGGAAAUCCAAAACCUGAUAUCACGUGGACCAAGGAUGGUACAGUCCUGGAGAAAGGAGAUAAAUACGAUUUCGAGGAGGAUAGAAGGAACAACAAGUUUAAACUUAUCAUUAAAGACGUGGAAAUCGAAGACAAGGGAACUUAUCAUCUUACAGCUAAGAAUUAUCUGGGUGAAGCGACUGGACAAGCAACCCUAACUCCACACACCGAGACGCCAACCUUCCUCAAAGACUUGGCCAAUAUAGAGUGCAAAGAUCGCACAGAUUUAGAACUGAAAGUUCGCGUAACCGGUAUCCCCAAGCCAAAGCUAACCUGGCUAAAAGAUGGUGAAGUGAUCAAAGAAGAUGAUCGACACAAAAUUACUACACACGUAGAUGGCAUCGUGGACAGCACUUAUUCCAUCACGACAUUUUCUAUAGACGAUGUUGGAAAGAUCAAAUGCCGGGCUACCAACAUCGAUGGAUGCGCGCAAACUGGUUGUAAUUUGACGAUGCAAUUGAUCUCUCCUAGCUUUAUCCAUCUUCUGCCUAAAACAAAAGAAGUGGACGAGGGUGAUUGUCUGGAGCUUAAAGCGAAGAUCGAUGGUAGCCCUGUACCUGAUGUAGGUUGGUAUAAAGAUGGAGAGAAGAUCGUUCCUGAUGAACACAUGAAGAUUGAGACACUUCCGGAUGGCAGCACUAAAUUGACGAUCGAUUGCGUGAAACCGACAGACUGUGGAGCUUAUAAACUCGUGAUGUCCAAUUCUACUGGCGAACAAUCUUCGUUGUGUGCCGUGGCUAUUAAACCUGCAAGGAGAAAGCCAUCUUUCUCAAAACCAUUACAAGAUGCCAAGGCUACCGUAGGACAACCACUGAAACUAGAAGCCCAAGUUGUUGCUUUCCCGAAUCCACAAGUUCAAUGGUUCAAAGACGGCAUACCACUACGGCAAUCGAAAGAGAUAUACUUCAUGAACGAACCAAACGGUAUUAUCGGUUUAAGGAUCGAUUAUGUUCGUCCGGAAGACGCUGGCGUAUACUCGAUGACUGUCUCCAAUUCGCUCGGUGAAAUUACUGGCUCCGCCAAAGUAGAGAUCGAAGAGAAAGAAAAACGACCAGAAUUCAUAACCACGCUUCAACCAUUGAAUGUCGUGCAAGGCUUCCCGGCGAAAAUGAUAGUCAAACUUCUAGGCAAACCAACACCACAGCUUCAGUGGCUGAAGAAUGGCGAAGAGCUGAUACCUGAUGGAAAGCAUAUAAAGGCUGUCGAUCUGCCAGAUGGAACUCAGGCGUUGGUCAUAGACAAAGUGACACCAGAAGACGCGGGAGAAUACACAGUGAUUGCAAGCAACACAGAAGGCACUUCAUCUUGUACAGGAACGAUAAGCGUUCUCGGAAAACUUCUAUCCGAUCAACCAGAAGAGAAACCUGGAUUUGUGAAUCCAAUGCGAGACGUCUACGUCGAGGAAGGUCAACCAUUAAACUUAUCUGUUUCUUUCACUGGCAAUCCCGUGCCAGAAGUCAGCUGGUCCAAGGACGGUGCUCCUCUGCAGCCAUCCGAUCGCUUAACUGUAACUUGCGAUGGAAAGAAGACAGAGCUGGAGAUGAACCCUUGCGAGUCCGGAGAUGCUGGUGUAUACGAAUGUCGUAUAUCGAAUCCACUUGGUGAAGACUCUACGAAAUCCACAGCUAACAUCAGGAAGAUCUUCCAACCGCCAAACUUCUUGCAGAAGUUCAAGGAUCUACAACAAUUGCCUUCGUUCGAUGCCAAGUUCCUAGCUCGCAUCACUGGCGUACCACGGCCGGAUAUUACAUGGUACUUCAAUGACAGACCGAUCUUAAAUGAUGACGAUAAAUACAAGAUUAAACGUGACGGAGAUGUUUGCUGUUUGUACGUGAAAGAUUGUACCUAUGAUGACGCCGGAACGUACAAGUGCAAAGCAGUUAACAAAGGUGGUGAAGCUGAGUGUGUAGCGAAUUUGACAGUGGUUGAUACAAUCGAGAAGAUACAGAAGGCUGAGCCACCAUCGUUCUUGAAAAAAAUCGGUGAUUGUGAAUAUUAUAAAGGAAUGGCAGCCAAAUUUACAGCCUGCGUCACAGGUAUCCCAGAACCUGAAUUCCAAUGGUUCCACAAUGGUACCAAAAUGUGGCAAACCGAUAGGAUCAGGAUGAACCAAGAAGGCAGCUUGUUGCGUUUAGUUAUAAACAAUGCCGACGAAUUGGACGCGGGAAAAUAUAUGUUAAAAAUAUCAAACCCUCAUGGCGAAGAUUCUUGCACCGCGGACUUAAUUUACGAAUCAUUGGAACCACGACCAAAGAAAGCUCUAGGAGAUCAAUAUGCAGAUUUCGACAAGUACCGUAAGUCUGGCGUUCCAUUACCUUUGGCCGAUCGUCCAAUUAUCAGCAGAAUGAUGGAUCGUCAUCUGACACUCUCUUGGAAACCAUCCAUCCCCAUUGGACCUCGCAUUCCAGUGACGUAUCAAAUAGAAAUGUGCGAACUUCCGGAUGGUGAUUGGUUCACUGUCCGCACAGGUAUUCGUAGCUGCGUGUGUGACAUCCGUAACCUUGAACCCUUCAGAGACUACAAGUUCCGUAUCCGUGUAGAGAACAAAUACGGAAUCAGCGACCCUUCACCGUAUGCGCAAACGUAUCGCGCGAAAUUGGAGCCAGAUCCACCGAAAUUCUUCCCUUACUUGCCUCCUGGCAUCGACUUCCGUCCGGAGACCAGUCCUUACUUCCCCAAGGACUUCGACAUCGAAAGACCACCUCACGACAAUUACGCUCAAGCACCUAGAUUCCUUCGUCAAGAACACGAUACUCAAUAUGGUGUAAAGAAUCACAAUUGUAACCUCUUCUGGUUCGUUUAUGGCUAUCCAAAACCCAAGAUGACCUAUUAUUUCAACGACCAAUUGAUAGAGUCUGGUGGAAGAUAUGAUCAGAGCUAUACGAGAAAUGGACAAGCCACUUUAUUCAUUAAUAGAAUGCUCGAAAGAGACGAAGGAAUGUAUGAAGCUGUCGCGACUAACGAACAUGGUGAAGCUAGACAGAGAGUUUGGCUACAGAUUGCCGAGUACCCAACAUUUAUUCAGAGACCGGAGGAAACUAUUGUAAUGGUUAGAAAAACUGGGCAACUAAUGGCUAAAGUUAUUGGUGUACCCUACCCGGAGAUCAAGUGGUACAAGGACUGGAAACCUCUCACUACCUCUUCCAGAAUACGGAUCGAAUUCACCGAACCAGACACUACGAUUUUAACCAUCAGCGAUACUAUUGUGAAGGAUGAAGGUUUAUACUCGGUGAGCGCAAGAAACGUGGCCGGAUCCAUUUCCUGUUCCGUGAUGCUGCACGUGGAAGAGAACGAGCACGAGUACGGAUACAGAACGUACAGGAGGAAGUCUGAUAUUAAACCUCAUCACGAUAAGCCUCUCGAUGAGUUCUACGACCUCGGUGACGAGCUUGGCCGUGGUACUCAAGGUGUCACUUACCACGCUGUUGAAAGAAGCACCGGAAAGAACUUUGCGGCCAAAGUCAUGCAUGGAAAGAGAGAACUCAGGCCGUACAUGUACAACGAAAUAGAAAUAAUGAACAGUCUGAACCAUAGGAAAUUGCUGAGACUGCACGACGCUUAUGAGACUGAUAAAUCUGUCACACUGAUCAUGGAACUAGCUGCUGGUGGUGAGCUAGUGGACACUUUGACGAAACAGGCAUACUACACCGAAGCAGAUAUUGCUGGUUAUAUCAGACAGUUACUGUGGGGAUUGGAUUACAUGCAUUCGAAUCAUUUUGCUCAUCUUGGUUUGACGCUCGGAGACCUGUUGAUCUCACAUACAGGCGGUGACGACCUGAAGAUCUGCGACUUCGGGCUCGCAAGAAGAAUUUCACACGCGAAAUUAAUGACUUUGACAUAUGGUAUGCCCGAAUACGUGGCACCGGAAGUUACCAACAACGAGGGAGUGUCCUUCAGUACGGAUAUGUGGGCCGUUGGUAUUAUCACGUACAUCUUGCUUUCUGGAAUUUCGCCAUUCAGAGGUAACAACGACAGGGAGACGAUGCUGAAGAUCAGAGAAGGAAAAUGGGAGUUCGAUGAUCGUUGGGAGAACAUCUCGGAGGAAGCCAAAGAUUUUAUUCGUUCUCUACUGAUGUACAACGCUGAUAGAAGAAUGGAUGUCAAGGCUGCUCUUGCUCAUCCUUGGUUGAACUAUGCUGACAGACUUCCAUUUGACUUGUACAAGAUCCCGUCGGAGAAUUUGAAGAACUAUUACAAACUGUAUCGCGAUUGGUAUAACAACGCUUCUUGCCGCACAUGGUUCCGCAGACGCAAAUUGAAUACAGCCUUCGAGCACCCAUCUAGAAUGGUCUAUCCGCCUGGCCAAAAAUACACUCCCGAGCCCAGCGAGGAAAGACCAUACAGUCCAAUAAAGAGACCUCCGGCUAAACCUUGGGAGAACCAGAUUGCUACGAGGGAACCGAUUGACACGGAGAUUGGAAUCAUCAAGAGCGAAAGCCACUAUCAAAAUGGUCCAGAUACCUAUCUUCUUCAAUUACGCGACACAGACUUCCCUGUACGUUUGCGUGAAUACAUGAAGGUUGCGUGCAAUCGUAGUCCUGGAUUCUCUCGUACCAUCACCGAAGAAAGCUUCGACUGGAGGACACCUAUUAUACGAGAACGUCGUCGCUUUACGGAUAUUAUGGACGAAGAAAUCGACGACGAGAGACGAGCAAGAAUCAGUAGAUACGGUACAGAUAACUUCACUCUGAGACGCUUGAAACACGAAUUGGGUACUCGAUUGGAUAGUUACGCAGAGGCAGAGGCAAUGAUAGAGUCAAAGAAGGAGGGACAUCUACCAUUCUUCCGUGAAAAACCGCAAAUUAAACCCAUGGAAGAGGGAAUGCCUGCUCAGCUAGCUUGUCUAGCUGUUGGAAGUCCCAAACCAGUGAUUCAGUGGUACAAGAAUGACAUGAUGAUUCAGGAGAGCAACAGAGUAAAGGUCACCGAGGACCAAGACGGCAGAUCUAUACUUAGCUUCAAUCCAACGAAGGAACACGAUAUUGGUAGUUACAAGAUUGUCGCCAGGAACUCCCUCGGACAGACUGUGGUCAGAACGAGAUUAGUGGAAGCUGCUGUUCCUUUAGGUCCUGAUUCUCCUGAGCUUUCCGAUGUCUCAGACACAGAAAUACUUCUACGAUGGAAGCAACCCAAACACGAUGGCAACUCUCCAGUCUUGUGUUACAAUCUCCAAUACAAACUAGGUGACUCGGUCGAUUGGAUAGAUAUAGCCUCGAACAUCGAUCACGAGUUUUACAUGAUAAGAGACUUGACACCGGACACUUCCUAUAACUUCCGUUUAGCAGCACGAAAUCGUGUCGGUUGGAGCGAAAAGGGUAUCCCAUCGAAGCUGAUCAAAACUAGGCUACCAGGAUGUCCAAAGGUUCAAAUUACUCGAGCUAUGAGGCACCUUCAAGAACUGACUGAGUCAGGUCAAGAAAUAGUGCCCGAUGAAGACAAGCCACAUAUGGAUUACUCCAUCGAGGACCAUCCUAUCGAGUGGUCGACCGACACGAAUCUCUCAAGCAAGUAUAGCUUCAUCUCUGAGAUCUCCAGAGGCCAAUUCUCCGUUGUAGUAAAAGGUGUUGAUAAAAGUACAGACCGUGUAAUAGUCGCCAAGAUUUUGGAGCUGAAUACGGAAACAGAAAAGCAAGUGAACAGAGAGUUUGAAGCCCUUCGUUCGUUGAGACACGAGAGGAUAGCGAUGUUGGAGGCGGCGUACAAAGCACAAGGUUCUCCGAUUGCACUAUUCAUCUUGGAAAAGCUUCAGGGAGCUGAUAUUCUCACAUAUUUCUCGAGUAGACAUGAAUAUACAGAAAACUGCGUAGCAGUUGCUAUGACCCAAAUUCUGGACGGUUUGCAGUACCUUCACUGGCGAGGAUAUUGUCAUCUUGACAUUCAGCCUGACAAUAUAGUGAUGUCUAAUGUCAGAUCGGUCCAAGUCAAACUUGUUGAUAUGGGUUCUGCUCGACUCGUUAGUAAGUUGGGUACAACAGUACCGAAAGCUGGUCAUCCAGAGUAUAGAGCACCCGAGGUAUACAAUGAGGAACCGGCUCAUCCUCAGACAGACGUUUGGAUGGUCGGUGUACUAAUGUAUGUACUCCUAUCUGGUAUUUCACCGUUCCGUGGCAAGGAUCCUGAUGAGACCAGACAAAAUAUUCUGUUUGUGAGAUACAGAUUCGAACAUCUAUAUAAAGAGUUAAGUCAGGAGGCUACUAGGUUCCUUAUGUUGGUUUUUAAACGGGCACCCAGUAAAAGACCACUGGUGGAAGAAUGCCACGAACACAGAUGGCUACAACUAUCGGAAUUUAUGAUUAGAAAACGCGAGAGAGCAGUGUUCUUAGGUAACAGACUGAAAGAGUAUAACGAAGAGUACCACGAAGAGAAGUUGAAAAUAGCAUCUGAAAACCAAAGCCUGGCAAGUGAAAGCCUGUUAGGUUCCACUCAAAAACUCAUUAGAUCGACUAGCAUACAAGAAGAACUGCUCACCACGUUCUAACGAAUAAGAUAUUAUUAAGCAAUGAUUUUCCAAUUUUCUUUAUGUGACUGUAAAAUUUCAUGCACGCAUCUAGUCAGUUUCUUAAAGAACAAGGAAGAGCAACUAAAAAAAGAAGAGGAUAGUAUCGAAAUAUAAGAAUCUUCCUUCCUUGUUCUCUUUUUUGUUAUUAUUUAUUUGUUACGUUUAAUUAUUUUAACGAAAUAUUACCGUCUAUUCAUAUCGUUACUCCUAAGAUCUAUGAGUAAGAAAAAAUCGACCGAUCGAUAUUUGAAUAUAACGUAAGAUAAAAUCACGUUUUAACGAAUCAAGGUACAAACCUUUAAAAUUGUACAAAAAUGAUGAUUAUAUUCUAAUAAAAUCACCAAUAAAUGCUAAAUAAUUAAA